UGAAAAAGUUCACGGCAGCCCGAGCUUCCUUCGCACGGCGGCCCGUGAACCGCAGCGCCGAAGCCCGCUGGCCGAGUCCCGCAUCAUGCCUGACAGACACGCGAUCCACCUCCUUUUACUGCCUCUGCUGCUCCUCAGCACGGCGCUGAAGGCAACGCCAGCAAACUGGGAAGAAGACACCGACCUGGUGGUCCCCUUGGAGAUACCCCUGGACCAGAUCCACCUGCUGAAGGGGGCACUGGGGCAGGGAGGUCGCAGACGAGGCCAUCGAUCCCUAGAGCCGACCGAAAGCCUCGGCUCUGAGGGUCAUGAGGGCAGCCUGUGGCUUGUCCUUCCAGCCUUUGGAAAAUAUCUUUAUUUGCAGCUCAGAAGGGAUGUCGGGUUUCUGUCCGAAGACUUUGUGAUCGAGGAGAAGAAAGGCAACGAAACGACCCGAUUGCAGAAUUUCCCUAGCGCCGAGUCCUGCUUCUACACAGGGAGGGUUCUCAAUCACACCAACUCCUUUGUGUCACUCAGCACUUGUGGUGGCCUGACCGGAGUGGUGCACACUGGAUAUAACACCAUGUUUAUUGAACCCGUGGCUGUCGCUCACGACUCCUUCUCGGGCGUGGAACACAAGGUUGUCAGACAGAGACGGUCCACCGAAGCCCAGUCUCCUGUGACAGAGACACGCCCAACGGCCUGCGGAAUCAUUCAAGGGAAGGACGAGAAGAGGCAGGCCAAGGCCUCGGUGGAUGGACGAGGCCGCAGGAACGCAAUCCGGCUGGUGGGAGAGUACACAGUGGAGACGGUGGUGGUGGCCGACUCUGACAUGGUGGCGUACCAUGGGGCAGAGGCAGCACAAAGGUUUAUCCUCACCGUGAUGAACAUGGUAUAUAACAUGUUUCGCCACAAGAGUCUGGGCGUCAGCAUCAGCAUCCGUGUGACCAAACUCGUCCUUCUCCACAGUCGUCCAGAGAAACUGAAGGUGGGCCACCACGGAGAGCGCUUCCUUGAGAGUUUCUGUCAGUGGCAACAUGAGGAAUAUGGUGGCACCCGUUUCUUGGGAAACAACCAUGUGCCUGGAGGAAGAGAUGACCCGCCCCCUAUGGAUGUUGCUGUGCUGGUCACCAGGACUGAUUUCUGUGUCCACAAAGAUGAGCCUUGUGACACUGUUGGAAUUGCCUACCUCAGUGGAGCCUGCAGUGCCAAGAGGAAGUGUGUGCUGGCAGAAGACAACGGGCUCAAUCUGGCCUUUACCAUCGCACAUGAACUUGGCCACAACAUGGGUAUGAGCCACGAUGAUGACCAUUCAAAGUGCACCGGCCAUUCUCACAUCAUGUCAGGAGAGUGGGUCAAGGGUCGCAACCCCAGUGACCUCUCUUGGUCCUCCUGCAGCCGUGACGACCUUGAGAACUUCCUCAGGUCAAAGGCCAGCGGUUGCCUACUCCAGACAGACCCCCGCAGCCGCUACCUGGUCCGCCUGCCACCAAAGCUGCCCGGUAUGCACUACAGUGCAGAUGAGCAGUGCCAGAUUUUGUUUGGCACCAACGCAACCUUUUGCCAUGAUAUGGAGCAUCUGAUGUGUGCUGGCCUGUGGUGUCUGGUGGAGGGAGAUACUUCCUGCAAAACCAAGCUGGACCCUCCUCUCGAUGGGACAGAAUGUGGAGCAGACAAGUGGUGCAGGGUGGGAGACUGUGUCAGCAAGACACCCAUCCCUCAGCACGUGGAUGGAGACUGGAGCCCCUGGAGCCAAUGGAGCAUGUGCAGCCGGACCUGUGGGACAGGAGCUCGAUUCCGGCAGCGGAAAUGUGACAACCCCCCCCCGGGGCCUGGAGGAAGGAAUUGCCCAAAAGCCAGUGUGGAGCACAAGGCUUGUGAGGGCCCUCCUUGUGCCAAGGGUCUGCCCACCUUCCGUGAUCAACAGUGCCAGUCCAAUGAUCGACAGGCGAGCAAGAAGAAGACUAUCGUAUGGACAGCCGUGGUCAAUGACGAAAAGCCAUGUGCACUGUUCUGCACCCCAGUGGGCCAGGAUACCCCCAUCCUGGUGGCCGAGCGUGUUGUGGAUGGCACGCCGUGUGGACCCUAUGAGACAGAGCUCUGCGUGAGCGGGAAGUGUCAGAAAAUUGGCUGUGAUGGCAUCAUUGGUUCGUCAGCCAAGGAGGACCGCUGUGGUGUGUGCAGUGGUGAUGGCAAGUCUUGCAAGAUUGUCAAAGGAGACUUCAAUCACACCCAAGGAAUGGGUUACAUCGAGGCAGCUGUCAUCCCAGUCGGUGCACGAAGAAUCAAAGUAGUAGAGGACAAACCGUCCCACAGCUUCCUGGCUCUGCGAGACUCCAGCAAGAGAUCCAUCAAUAAUGACUGGAAGAUCGAGCUGCCUGGAGAAUUCCAGCUCGCUGGCACCACAGUCCGCUACGUGAGGAGGGGACUCUGGGAGAAAAUGUCUGCCAAGGGACCCACUAAGACACCCCUACAUCUUAUGGUCCUGUUAUUCCACGACCAGUCAUAUGGCAUCCACUACGAGUACACAAUCUCCUUGAAUCAGUCUGAGGAUGCCAAACGGGAGGUGGAGAGGGAUUCCGCACGCGAGCCAGAUCACCUCUACAUCUGGACGCACAGCAGCUGGGAGGACUGCACUGUCCAGUGUGGAGGAGGAGAGAGAAAAACUGUUGUUUCUUGCAUGAAGAUCAUCAACAAGACCAUGACCCUCGUGAACGACAGCCACUGUAAUCUUGAAAACAGACCGCUACCCCAAGUCAGACAGUGCAACACUCACACCUGUCAGUAUCGGUGGGUGACCAGCGACUGGAGUCCUUGCUCUGUCACCUGUGGAAAGGGGAUGCAGCAACGGGAGGUGGCCUGCCUAUAUCAGCUGCAGAACGGCUCCUACAUCGGCACCCGGGAUCUGUACUGUCUAGCGCCCAAACCCAGCAUCGUCCAGGGCUGCCAAGGCCGCCAUUGUAUCAACGUGUGGGAGGCCUCAGAGUGGUCCAAGUGUUCAUCAGACUGUGGCCACGGCACCCGUCGGCGUGUCGUCACCUGCACCAACCCGCAGGGCAAAUGCGACCCAGCCUCCCAACCUGUGGAGGAGGAGCCCUGCGAGGACCAUUCCCAUUGCUAUGAGUGGAAGACGGGGGACUGGUCAAAGUGCUCAUCUUCCUGCGGGAGGGGCCUGCAGUCCAGGGUUGUCCAGUGCAUGCAUCGAAUCACUGGGCGCCAUGGCAGCGACUGUCCAGGGGUCUUGAAACCUCCAGCUUACAGACAGUGCCACCAGGGGGCAUGUAAUGAAAAAGUCAACGUAAACACCAUCACUUCUCCGCGCCUUGCUGCUCUGACAUACAAGUGCACGGGGGACCAGUGGACUGUCUACUGCCGGGUCGUCCGCGAGAAGAACCUCUGCCAGGACAUGCGGUGGUACCAGCGCUGCUGCCAGACGUGCAGAGACUUUUAUGCAAACAAAAUUCCCCUAAAGAGUUAAUGACACUCGUGGGUGUU